UGAUUGAUUGAGUCGCUGUCACUGUACCAACCGAGAGUAGUCAGAAGCUUGAACUUUUCCGAUGAUUCUAGUAAGUGGAGAAACUUUGACAACGACGUUAAGUAAAUCACCUCGUCAAGACGACGUGCCUUAAAACCGGUGGAUAUUACCGUGGCUCUCUAGGUGAGGGGCUGUACAAUCCUCGGCAGUGUACUGAGACUGUAUAGCCUAACCUGUUGAUUGUCCUCGCGCAGGACGAUCUGUAAUAGACAUUUGUUAACAGCCAAAACGGCGUAGUUCUUGCACUUGCGAUAACAUUUUAUAAUGACUUUCUGCCCGUAAGUGCGUGUGUCGCCUCGAGUUAGAUUUGUUCAGAUUUGUUUUUUCACUCGUUUUGCAUCGCACCGGACUCAAGGAAACUAGAGGACAGCUUACGUAGUCCAGAUCUUCAACCGCGUCGCGAUGACAGCCGAGAAGGAGAAAAAGCGCUCGGAGCGGCGCAAGGAGAAGUCCCGGGAUGCGGCCCGGUGCCGGCGCAGCAAGGAGACGGAGGUCUUCUACGAGCUGGCCCACCAGCUGCCCCUGGCCCACAGCGUCUCCUCCCACCUGGACAAGGCCUCCAUCAUGAGGCUCACCAUCAGCUUCCUGCGCACGCGCAAACUGCUGUCUGCAAGUAGUGCAAGUAGCUGCAGUAAUGGCAUCGAGACGGAGGAGGACCGUCAGAUGGACAACUUGUACCUGAAGUCUCUGGAGGGCUUUGUCAGCGUGGUGACCACCGACGGAGACAUGAUCUUCCUCUCCGAGAACAUCAACAAGUUCAUGGGCCUGACACAGGUGGAGUUGACAGGCCACAGCAUCUUUGACUUCACUCACCCUUGUGAUCACGAUGAGAUCCGUGAGAACCUCAGCCUUAAGACAGGUGUGGGAAAGAAAGGCAAAGAGCUGAGCACAGACAGAGACUUCUUCAUGAGGAUGAAGUGCACUGUAACCAACCGUGGACGCACCGUCAAUCUCAAGUCAGCCAGCUGGAAGGUGCUCCACUGCAUGGGCCACAUGAAGGUGUACACCAGCUGCCCGCCGCGCGCCCUGUGUGGCUACAAGGAGCCGCCCCUGGCCUGCAUGGUGAUGAUGUGCCAGCCCAUCCCCCACCCCUCCAACAUCGACACCCCGCUGGACAGCAAGACCUUCCUCAGCCGCCACACCAUGGACAUGAAGUUCACCUACUGCGACGACAGGGUGACGGAGCUGAUGGGCUACAGCCCUGAGGACCUGCUGGGCCGCUCCAUCUAUGAGUUCUACCACGCCCUGGACUCUGACAGUGUCACCAAGAGCCACCAGAACUUGUGCACCAAGGGCCAGGCAGUGAGUGGGCAGUACCGCAUGCUGGCCAAGCAUGGAGGCUACGUGUGGGUGGAGACCCAGGGCACCGUCAUCUACAACAGCCGCAACUCUCAGCCCCAGUGCAUCGUCUGCGUGAACUAUGUCCUCAGUGACAUUGAGGAGAAGAGCAUGGUGUUCUCCAUGGACCAGACGGACUCUCUCUUCAAGACCCACUCCAUGAGCAGCUUCUUCAGCCAGGUGGGCACGGUGCCGCCCGAGCCGAGCGACGUCCUCUUCACCAAGCUCAAGCAGGAGCCCGAGGACCUCACCCAGCUGGCACCCACCCCAGGGGACACCAUCAUCAGCCUGGACUUCGGUCACCCCCAGUUCGAGGAGCAGCUGUUCACUAAGUUGCCAUGUGCCGCUGGCCGCCCGCUCCUCGGUGACGGCCACAAGACAGAGGUGCCUGCCAUCACCCCGACCUUCUGCGUGCCACAGGCACCCCCCACCUCCGGCACUGCUACCCCAAGUCUGAGCAGUUGCUCCACGCCAAGCAGCCCAGACGAGUGUUAUGGUGCGGUGGACAAUGAGCUGAGCAGCUCCCAGGGGGAUCUGACGGAGAAGAUGUACGCUCUGGACACCCAGGAGACAAAGGCCAAUGGCACUACAGAGGCUGAUUUGAGUGAUCUGGACCUGGAGACGCUGGCUCCCUACAUCCCCAUGGAUGGAGAAGACUUCCAGCUGCACCCCAUCUGCCCUGAGGAGUCCUCCACCUCCUCCCCCGCCAGUGACAGCAGCAGCGGCAGCAGCAGCAGCAGCCUGGCUCUGGCCAGCUCACAGCACAGCUUCAGCAACAUCGCCAGUCUCUUCCAGCCCCUCUCCUCCAGCCCAGUCCCGGCAACCCCGUACCAGCAGCAGGCCAUGGGCACCGCGACCACGGGCAAGCGGGCCACGCCCGGCGGGGCCCCCAUAGACCCGACUUGGCCCAGCAAUGUGGCCUGCACUGGGCCCUCACCUCUGCCGCCGUACCACGCCCCGGCCAGCACUCCUCUGUCCUCCAUGGGCGGCCGUCAGAACUUGCUGUGGCCGCCCGACCCGCCGUUAGCCUCAUACCAGAAGUCAGGUGUGAUGGACGGAAGCAUGAUGCCCAAUCAGUGCCUGCGCCAGAUGAUGAUGCCCAAUCAGAUGCCGAUGUACAAGCCAAGAUCCAUGGAGAACUUUGUCCAGGCCCAGAGAGACAUGAGCCCUGCUCGCAUGGCCCUAGCGAACAGUAUCAAACGCUCCUUCACACAGAUGACAACGGACGACAUGCAGCAGACUAAACCACCUGAAAUGAUGUGGAAGCGAAUGCGGAAUGACAGUUGCGCCAUGAUGGACAGAAAGUGCCUGUCAGAUACGAGUUUGUCGGAUGGUGUUGGCCAUCAGCACAGGAAGAGCCAGUAUCCCUGUAACCAAACAUGUGUGUCAAAGAAGCCCUUCUCUGGACAAUGCUUUAACUACAGAGAAUACAGCACACUGCCCUCAUCCAAACCACAGGGGAUGGUGAAUCGUCUGCUCGGCCCCUCCUUCGAGUCCAUCUACCUGCCCGAGCUGACGCGUUACGACUGCGAGGUGAACGUGCCACUGCAGGGCAAGAUGCACCUGCUCCAGGGCAGCGACCUGCUGAGGGCUCUGGAUCAGACCACUUAAGGCCAGAGGAGAAACACACUUCUGGACACACCAACCUAAACCCCAUCCACCACCCUCACCGAGACCUGGUCAUCACCAAAUUGGCCCCUAAACAUUUCUCCGCUGUAAAAAAAACCUCCCCCAUUCUGCGACUCACUGACUUGGGGCUCACAACCAGGCCUCCUCCUUAUACAGGUCACAAAGCAUGGCCUUCCCGAAAUCCUAAGUCCCAAAUCAUUCAGUCUCCCACUCUUUGGGCUUUUCUCACUACAGAAUUCUUACGAGCUUCUCCCCUCUCCUCUCCUCCCCUCCCCUCCCUUCCCCCACCUCAACAUCCAAAUUUCACACACGCACGCGCGUGCGCGCGCACACACACACACACACACACACACACACACACACACACACACACACACACACACACACACACACACACACACACACACACACACACACACAGAAAAAAGAGGUAUCCCUAGCAUCCGUGCCACUUUUUAUACCAAACAUGUGUUAAUACAUUGCUCAUUACCAUGAGAUUUUUACGAGUGAGGCCAGACUUUCGCGAUGUGCUUUUUAUCGCACCACCUCCCUCCGCUAAUAUAAUAUAAUCGCUCUAAAGGUGGUUGCAGAAAAAAUGUAGCAUUUUGAAAUGUAUGGGUUCGAGCAGAGAAACGCCCUUGUGCCAUGAGAGCAUAGGAGGGGUUCCUAGAUAGGUGCAGAUUGCUGCCGGCCGUUAUUGUGCCUUCAUUGCCGCAGCAGAGCCCUUAUUGUGGUGAAAGCAAACGCCAGGAGAUAACUUUACAAAAGACACAAUAGUAUUCUCAACCGUGCUAAAGUGAUAGCAAAAAAAACAGGUUUCACCCAACCACAGGCCAUGGUGCCUGACAAGGCUAUUCAUAUGACUUGUGUCACUCUAAAAAAAAGAAUAUUUCAGUCAUCAAGCAAGCAUGACGUGAUCUCACUCAAGCUCUGGCGACUUAUCGUGUAUCUAUGGGCUUAUUGGUUAAUCUUAUCCACGACGAUUUGCUUAAACCCUGUUAUUCUUUUACAGAAAAAGUCGCUAGAGUUUUAUUUUUACUAUCUUCAUCUUCUAAGUUAUAUUCCUGUAUUGUUUUUUUAGUUACAUGGUUACGUCUUGCAUACAUUUUGUGUGGUUAGCGUCAGAAAGCUGUUUCAUUGAACUUUUGUCCUGGUGUUUGGCGAUCGAUGCCUUAUUUCACAGUCUUUUUCUUUGUCUUUCUUCAUUCUGCAGCAGACUCUUGAUUAAAGGCCGUACCCAUCUUUACAUGCUUGACCUAUUUUUGGUAGUAACGAUCACAACUAGCCCUUAUCUCCUCUUCAUUUUAUUUUACAUUUCAUCUCGUCUUUCACACUUCUCGUCAACAUUCUAUCAUGGUGACCACUUUGCCUUUACGUAUAUAAAAUAUAUAUAUAUCUGUUUUAGGGCUCCACCCAUUGCAUUUGUUUUUAAAUAGGUUGGACAUAUUCAGUACUGUGUCUAAGAAAAAAAAAACUAUAUUAUCGCUUGUAGGCUUCGGUACUUCUGUGUUCUCUAUGCAGUAGAUAUGAAAUCGGAGUCUUGUUUGUAAGGUUUCAAUGGAAAGUAGCACUGUUUUAUUAUUUUUUCUGUGUGUGCGUGUGUGUGUGUGCGUGUGCGUGUGCGUGUGUGUGUUUGUGUGCGUGUGCGUGUGUGUGUGUGUGUUUGUGUGUGUGUGUGUGUGUGUGUGUGUGUGUGUGUGUGUGUGUGUGUGUGUGCACGCGUGUGUGUGUGUGUGGUUUAAGACAUGCAAUUAUUGUAUUUUCUCUAUUUUGGCAGGCCAGUACUGUUCCAUGUGUCAUUCUAUUCCUUUUGAUUUUGUUUGUUGUUAUAAUCUCAAAGCAUUAAAGCAGAUGACUACAUGUAGCAGAUGAAUAGAGUCUGAAAGGCAGAAAUCGUCAAGACUGCAUUUAAAUACAUCAGAAAAUUGCUGACAGAAAUAUCCGAAAUUCAAAAAAAAGAAUUUAGUAGAUGGGUUAAGAUGCCUGUUGUGGAGCAGCGACAGUUGUUUUAUACUGGGAUCCACCCGCAUUAACAAGGUUUCAAUUUUCUUUCAUCAUUUGUUUGCGUAUUUAAUUGUUUUUUGAGGGAUGGGGCUGAGGUUGUCUUUAAGGUUGAAUUGUGAGUUUCACCAAUGCCUUAAAAAUGUGUCUGCAUUUUCCCUUGACCGCCUAACUAUGAAAGUUUGACCAUUAUAGACUAACCCCUCAGAGUCACAGAGCUGGUUUAGCCUCGUCUUAGUGGUGGAUUGACCACCAUAUGUUGUGAGGUAUUCAUGCCCACAUUCAGAAAAAAUGCAGUGUUACUGCAACACCAUUCUGAAAAUAUAUGGUCCCAAACGCUUCAAUGUCAAUUCAACUCGUUGAGUGAUGAAUUAACAUUUACAGAGGCUAAUUUAACACUGUUUUAAAGUACAGUAUACAUGGCUUCCCGGUGUUAAUACAACAUUUAAAAGAAUUGAAUUUAUCCAUAGAAUUGAGUGGGACCAAAUUGACCCUAUUGCAAGAUAUUCAAUACUGUAUGUGUUCCGUGUCAUCCACAACAUAACAUCCUUUCAAUGACCUGACCACGAUAGAGCUUGAUAUUGCCAUGUGUUUUACAUGAUGAUUCACAAGUGUAUUGAGUGUAUUGUAGAUGACACAGGUGACAAAGGACAAGUCAUGUUAGUUGUCUUCUUACCGCCAGAGGUAUUAGAGGUGUGGAGCCUACACACCAUGCAGUCAUGUUUAAUCAGUACUCUGUGCAUGCUUUGCCGGAUCAGACUGGGUUGUACAAUUGAAUAAUAUCAUGGGUUGUCACAGAGGAUUAUGCCGUGCGGAAAUCUGAGAAGCGGCAAGUGGGGGCAGCGUUCUAUAUUAUCGCCCGAGGGCGCCUGUUCUUCUCAUGCCAAAUCGCAAAAGUUUCAUUUAAUUAUCACCCUCUGCUGAGUCCAAAACAUAUCUGGUUGUCACGGCUAUAUUAAGCCCCCAUAAUUGCCUCAAGGCAACAAGAGCAAUUGGCCACGCCAAGCAAUAACAGGAGGCCUUAGUUAGCAUCUUACAGUGCCGACUGGGGAAGACAGCGUUUUUAUUGUGUGUUGGCAGGUGGGAUGAUUAAACGGCAGUUUCUCUUGCCUUCAGACGGUGACAUUUGAGAGUGAAGGAAGACGUGUAUGUGCGUUGGACAGACAUGGAAAUCUGCACAGCCUACCCACUGUUGCAGAUUCCUCUUACUGUUCAUCAGUCUUUCGCCCAUGAAGCCUUCUUAAACCGUUGUUAUGCCCUGUUGUGUUAACAGAUACAAAUAUUCUCUCAAGCUGUUUUUUUUAAUCAUAGGUUAUGGGGGGAAAGAACUGUAGGAAGCAACCCAAAGUCCAAAGAACGAGAAAAGACAAAAUGUCCUCUCUUUAUUUUCCCCCCUCCUCCUCUCGAGCCAAAGUCAAUGGAAUCUUGAGCAUUUCCCCUCGUGAUUCAGAGGCUAGAUUGAAAAUAUCACCAGGAUAAUGCAAGAGGAUAUGCAAUUUAUGUUGUUUAUUUAUGUUUUCUGCUAAGUGGACGGACAAGGCACAUGAGUAGCUGUCAGGGGAGGAUGAGAAAUAGGCGUCUCAUCAGUCUUCAUGUACACAGAUGAGAAGAUCAUUUUGGUCUUGUAUAAAUAUACUCUCCUGAGUUGUACUGAGUUCCUAUGAUAGGUUGCCCCCAAACAAACAGAAAAAUAUAUACAAGAGGACUGUAUUAAGACCUGGCAUUUUCUCCCAUUUUAAUGUUGGUUUAUCAGAAUCCCAGAGCUAUUUUUCUUUAAAUGUUUACUUGAAUUGCCAGCGAUGAAAGCCAAAGUUGUCCACGUAAAUUCUGUUCUAUUUAUUGUGUUGCCUAGUAAAUGACUUCAUCGUCAUUGUAAAGUCAUAAUUUGUGCAGUAGUACAAAAAGUUUAUAUAUUGUCCCACAUUGGUGCAGAAUAUUCAUAUGUUAGUACUGGAUUGGUUAUGCUAAAGACCAAUUGUCGGUUAAAAAAACUGCUGUACACCUGUAAGUGGAGAGACAGGGGAAGUCACGAUUACAUCAACGACCCCUUUGAAAGACCGAUCACCAGUCUUAGUUGUCGUAGCCUCUGUGUCCUCUGAGGGGUGUAACAAAAUCUCAAAAUAUCAUAUACAGUCAGCCAUAAAAAUCCGACGAAAUUGAUUUAAUUAAGAAUCUGUUUUAAUGUCCCUGGCAUUGUCAUGUUGCUCACGCUCAACUAUAAGGGAGUAAGGUCUGUCCAAAACUGAAAAAUCUACCAUUAUGAAAUGCUUCACACGUGAUGACGUAUCACGUGUUUUUGCUUGAGAUCAGUAAUGAACCGUAACAAAAUGGCCACCAAUCAGUUCUGAGUUUGAACAGUCUGAAAAUUUUCAGUGAAAAAAAAUGUUUUAAAAAAAACCC